AUUUCUUGAGCAAAGGGCAGGAAAAGGCAAAGGUUAAUAAGGAGAAGGAUGAUUCCCCUCUUCCCCCAAAUCAUCAAUCCCAAAGAAGAACUCCAUAGCCGAUUAACUGGAAGAAUAUGAAUUUGAUGAUGGAUUCAAACCAAGCUGCCAAGCAGCACAGUCUAAUGGGAUCUGAAGCUGCCUCUGAAAGAACUCUGUACCCAUAUGUUACUGGGUCAUCCGUAGUUGCUCUCAAAUACAAAGAUGGAAUUCUUAUGGCUGCUGAUAUGGGAGGCUCCUAUGGGUCUACCCUACGAUACAAGAGUGUGGAGCGAGUGAAGCCUGUUGGAAAACAUUCUCUUCUUGGCGCAAGCGGGGAAAUAAGUGACUUUCAGGAGAUUUUACGUUAUCUUGAUGAGCUUAUCCUGUAUGACAACAUGUGGGAUGAUGGGAAUUCUUUUGGGCCUAAAGAGGUGCACAGCUAUUUAACUCGUGUGAUGUAUAAUAGGCGUAACAAGUUUGACCCACUGUGGAAUGCACUUGUUCUUGGUGGAGUGAAAAAUGGGCAGAAGUACCUUGGCAUGGUUAGCAUGAUUGGUGUAAAUUUUGAGGAUAACCAUGUAACAACAGGGUUUGGAAAUCACCUCGCCCGACCUAUUCUUCGUGAUGAGUGGCAUGAGAACUUGAGUUAUGAAGAUGGUGUCAAGUUACUGGAGAAAUGUAUGCGUGUACUUCUAUAUCGUGACCGGUCUGCUAUCAACAAGCUUCAGAUAGCAAAGAUCACUGAAGAAGGCGUAACUAUUUCACCACCAUACGCAUUGAAGACAUUUUGGGGAUUUUCUGCUUUCGGGAACCCAACGGCGGGUGCGGAGGGAUCGUGGUAGCUACACUAGCUAGAUAGAGCUGGCUGGCUCUACUAGAACUGUGCUUGAGUUAAUUUGUCUGUGAUUGGUGGAUUUCCAAGUUAAACAACAUCAUGGUUGUCAUUAAUAGAUUGAUUGUCUAAAUUCACACAUGCCCGGACUGAUUAUUUGACAAGAAUUUAGCUUGAGCAGGAUGUCCCCCGCAAUUAUGUUUCUCAUAUCUUGUCUUAUCUAUGUAUGGCAAUAUAAAUUCUUGUUACACUUGGAAAUUCUCAGGUAAUGCAUUUUACAGAAAAUUAUGAUACAGCUCGUGGGAUAUUGCUGUAAUCAAUAAUUAUGGAUUUCAAUUUGGUUUGCU